UAGGCUCAGCGUGGGGUGGGAGCAGCGCCUAUUAAGGGUCGCCCUCACCGUCACGGCCUGCACCUCCUCCUGGUUUCAUUCAUUCGUGGAUUUCAUUCACGAAGGUAGUGAGGCCUAGUCGGAAGCCAUGGAGAGUGCUCUCCCCGCCGCCGGCCUCCUGUACUGGGUGGGCGCAGGCACCGCGGCCUACCUAGCCCUGCGCGUCUCGUACACGCUCUUCACGGCCUUUCGGGUCUGGGGUGUAGGUAACGAGGCGGGGGUCGGCCCUGGGCUCGGUGAAUGGGCAGUUGUCACGGGUAGUACUGAUGGAAUUGGAAAAUCAUAUGCAGAAGAGUUAGCGAGGCAUGGAAUGAAGGUGGUCCUUAUCAGCAGAUCGCAGGAUAAACUGAAUCAGGUUUCCAGUGAAAUCAAAGAAAAAUUCAAAGUGGAGACAAGAACAAUUGCUGUUGACUUUGCAUCAGAAGACAUUUAUGAUAAAAUUAAAACAGGCUUGACAGGUCUUGAAAUCGGCGUGCUAGUGAACAACGUGGGGGUGUCAUACGAGUAUCCUGAAAACUUUUUGGAUAUUCCGGACUUGGACAGUGCCAUCAAGAAACUAAUAACUAUUAACGUGCUUUCUGUUUGUAAGAUGACACAAUUGGUACUGCCCAGCAUGGUAGAAAGGUCUAAAGGGGUGAUUCUGAACAUCUCCUCUCUCAGUGGCAUGAACCCAGUUCCACUCCUGACCAUCUACUCUGCGACCAAGGCUUUUGUCGAUUUCUUCUCUCGGGGCCUCCAUGAGGAGUAUAAGAGCAAGGGCAUCUUUGUGCAGAGUGUCCUUCCAGGCUUCGUAGCUACGAAACUGGCUAAGAUCCGGAAGCCAACCUUGGAUAUACCCUCUUCGGGCACAUUCGUGAAGUCUGCCAUUAAAACCAUCGGCUUGCAGUCGCGGACCAACGGGUACCUGAUCCAUUCUCUUAUGGCCUCUGUCCUCUCAAUCCUGCCUUCCUGGAUUUUUUAUAAAGUAGCCAUGAGUAUGAACAGAUCCACGCGGGCUCGCUAUCUGAAGAAGAACAAGAAGAACUAAGCCUUGACAAGUACAUCGAGCAGGUCGGCCAGGUGCUCCGGCCAAUGUCUGCUCCCUGCAAGGCACACCGCCAGUCUCGAAAACGUGUCGUUGUCUCAGUAAUUACUAAUACAGCUAAAUGUCAUCCUACUCGGGAGGAAAGCUGAGCUGCUUCUGGAGUUUCUGACAUAUAUUCUAGAUGCUACUGGGAGCUGUUUAAAAGUUUAAUAGCAAUGCUUAUAUCCAAUGUAUGUUGGACUGAUAUUACCCAGAACAGCUUAACAGGAAGGACUAUAAUGAAAACAGUUACAGAACAGCAGAGUAAGACAGAAAACUCAAAGUUGUCAUCUGGCCCAAAUGCCACCGAUCACCAUUUUUGUAUUUUCUCUGACAUUUACUAUAAAAAUGUAACAGCCAACUACUCUUUUUUGUUUUUGCCAGUUCAAGGGGAUUUUAAAUUCAUUGAUUUGCUUAGUGAAGACAUGCGGCAAUUGACCUAGAUCUCUGUAAGCUUUUCUGGGAGUAUGAUCCAGCUUGUAUAUUUGUACAGAACUGCUCUUACUGAACCCCUGACACCCCCCCCAGGUGGCCCACGGGGACCCCAGCCCUCUUUGGCCUUGAACUGUACCAAUAUUGCUCACCUAUAUGACAGGGGCUAUUCCAGUCAUAGUCAUGAUAACAUAGAAAUGACUUAGCUUUAAAUUGGCUCGCUAGAGGUACUAACCCAAUUAGUUUUCAUUAAAGAUGAUGUUACCAUGA